AUGUCAAGCACCUCCCACUCCAAUGCUUCCCUCCCGCAGGGCAGUCCGGCAGACCCGGCUUCCUCAGUCGUCUUCACGUUUAUGCCAUCGCAGGUUGCCUUCAUGCGAGAGGCGUUGGAGGAGUACCGAGAAUUGACGGGGGCGGGUCUGAAGGCUGACUUCUCAGCCAACAUAUCGGCCACCCUCCUCCAAGAGAUUCACGAGGUGUCGGGCGUUAAGCCGUCGGACAGGAGGAAGGCUCUCCUAGAGCAAGCGGUGGCUCAAUGGUUCGAAGAGAACGGAAAGGUCGACAUCAGGAAACCGAAACGCGUGUGGGCGUUUCGAUGGACCGCUCGACGUGUAUUUGGAUCGAUCCACUCGCGGAUCGUGAAGUUUGUCGCCAAACUCCUGCUCGAUAAGAAACCCAUCCCAGACUUGCGCAAACUCUACGAUACGGAGGAAGACUUUUUGGCCAGGGAAGGUGACAAUGGCCUGGAUUCAGAUGACGAGGGAGAAGAGUCGAACCUUGGAGAGAGUGGUGAUGACCUUGGGGAUGUGGAGGACGAAGGAGUGGAAGGAACACCCAAACGCAAAGGUAGGAAACGAAAGAGGAAGGGGAAGGGGCAGUGGAAGGGACGGAUGGUAGGGGCCGCGCCGAAAACGCCCAACUAUUUCGUGACUUACCAAGACGCCAUUACCCUUUUCUGGGAAGUGCUCACACCCGAAGAGAUCGAGAAGUACGAAAGGAUCUGCUUGGAGUGGAGAGAGAUCGGGCCCCCACGAUCGGAGCAGCGAAAAGCGGCGUCGAAACACCUUCAUAGACGUUGCUACGAGUUUGCUGAAGCAAUCUUACGAGACUUCGGGGCUGUGGUCUACUUCUGGUUGGGGUAUGAAGACGCGCAGAAGAUUCGACGCGCGUACGAUCUCGAAUGCAAACUGGGUGUCGCUGGUGUGCCCGACUUUCAACACAGCUGCCAGGAAAUCAUGAAGGAAUCGGGCCUGGGUUUGGAAUGGGGGAAACACGUCGAUAACCUGCUGACGAGUCUGUACGGUGAGACGGGAAAGGAGAUGGCGCAGCCGCCGCAGCCCAGGCGCCGGUUCGGUAAACCCAUUAUAGAGAUGGAGGUCGAUGAAGACGGCUACCCCAUCCUCCCCUCCCUCAACUCAAGGCCUGGUCACAGGCAACACCAACUCUGGCUGGGCGAAGUGCUGCGCAGUUUCUUCGCUCGUCAUUGGGCACUCGCGCAAAGUGGCAAGGUACUCCCUCCUACAACGUGCCAGGGUCCUUCUGUACAAUGGACCGGGAUUCGUGCGGUUUGGGAGGAAUGCAUGCACGAGGACAUGCUACCUGGAACGCUUCGUAGUUCUUUCCAGGAGCCUUCCGACGCGUCACUUGCGAUGAAGGAGGCCAUCUACCACGCGCUGUACAACCGCCAACAAGAUCCCAGUGUCAAGAAGACGUUCGAAUUCAAGGCCUUGCCUGUCAAGGUGAAGAAUGUUUGGAGGACUAGGUCAAUCGCUGAAAGGGUCCAAAGCCCAGCUCAGCCACACUCCCCCGUUCCUGCACAACGUCAAAAACGCGCAAAUCGGGUAUUUUCAGUGCCCCGUCGUAAUCCAGGACAGGAAGCGCCAUCCACUGAUACCUCGUCGACACCAACAUCGUCGCCUUCCUCGACGGAAACCUCAGAUGAGCAGUCAACGGAAACCUCGACCGACGACGAACACCCUUCCCACUCGAGUGAACGCCCUCCAGGUGACACAGCCUCAACUCCCACCUCCGACGAAGAGACACCUACGUCUUCCGAGGGGUCUACGAGUUCGGACACCGAGUCACCUAUCCCUGAAAAACUCUACUUCCCUUCUCGCCAGGACUUGAAUCCUGAACAGGAGCUGCCACCUCCAGCCUCAAGUUCAUCGUCUGAUUCCGAGCCCCCGAUCCUGAAACGCCUUCGUCUAGAAGUACCGCCUGUGGACGAGGCGGCACUGAAAACCCCGAGGAUGACUAGGUCGGAACGUGCCAGGUUGGACGCAGACCAGCAAAUGUUAACUCGGUCCUCCAAUCAGCCUACAUCGUCCGCCAGCAGGGGGGUUGGGCGGGGUAGAGGUCAGGCUACAUCGUCGUCAAGAACGAGGAAUGGGCGGGGUAGAGGUCGCGCUACAGCUCGGAGAGGAGCCAAGAGGUAG